GAACCAUGACAACCAAACAAACUUCAAUAAUUUUUUAACAAUACUGAAUCAUGACAGAGGUUUCUAUAACUCCAAAAAAAAGUGCCAGAACUAUUCCGAAUCUAUAUGAUAAAACUAAAGCCGACGCUAGAGAGAGGAAGAGAAAUAUUCUGUACCUAAUUUACAAUUUUUUGGUGGAAAACAAAUUCAGUACAGUAGCCGAAACUCUAGAAAAUGACGCUAAUCUCGACAAUCAAUAUCAAGUAUGCGAAAAUAUUGACUUGGACAUUAUUUUGCAAGAAUAUCAAAGCUAUUACUACACGAAGUUUCAGAAGUAUCCCAAAAUAACAAGGAAAAUAGAAACGCCAUUAUCUAGUUCGAAAAAGAAAAAUGACGUGAGAUUAAAAUCAGCGAAAAGCAAGGAAAAGGAUAGCAAUAUCAAUCAAUUCGAGUGUGAACAGUUUCUUUUUGAUAUAGUUUCACUUAGUAACGGAAAAUCUACAGAGGAAACACCAGUAGAUAAAUUACUCAGCUGCUGCGAGGAUUAUUCAAACGACUGGAAAGAAAUGGCGGAACAAAUAUUGAAGGAGUUUGUUCCAAAAGAGUCACAAGGGACGAAUUGGAAAGACUGUAUAGGACUGACAGAUACGGUGGAAAAACUUAAAGAAGCCACAUUCUAUCCUUUAAUUUAUCCAGAUUUAUUUAAAAACGUAACUACGUGGAAAGGAAUUCUGCUAUUUGGCCCACCCGGGACAGGUAAAACGAUGUUGGCUAAGGCUCUAGCAGGAAAUGUGUCAACCUUUAUAAAUGUAACUGUGAGCAGCUUCGUGAGUAAAUGGCGAGGAGAAUCAGAGAAACUGAUAAAAGUGUUAUUUGAAUUAGCAAAAAAAUUUGCUCCAACGGUAAUAUUUGUUGAUGAAAUUGAUGCUCUUGGUUCAUCAAUGGAUUCUGGGCAGCAUGAAGCUUCAAGACGUUUAAAAAGCGAGCUACUUGUACAACUAGAUGGUAUACUUAGCACAGAGUCAAAGAUCUUUCUUUUAGGAAGUACCAACAGACCUUGGUCUUUAGAUCCGGCUUUGAUCAGACGGUUUGAAAAGAAAAUACUGGUACCACUACCCAAUGAAUGUGGAAGAUGCGAUUUAAUAAAGCAUUAUUUACAACACCCCACCGACAUCACGAACAACGAUUUUCAGUUGCUGGCUAGAAGAACAGAAAAUUUGUCUGGUUCUGAUAUAAAAACACUAUGCAAAGAAGCAACAAUGAUUUGUGUGAGGGAAAAAAUUAGCGAAAUCAACUCGAAAGGAAGUCAUAAAACCCAGAUGGAACUGAGGCGUGUUACUUUAAAAGACAUGGAAAGGGCUUUGGAGACAGUAAAGUCUUGCAGCAGAGAGACAGAGUAUGAAAAGUAUUUCGAAUGGAAUCAGAACUUUGGUUCAUAAUGAUUUAUGUGUAAACCCCAUAAAUUUCUUGAAGUAAA